AUGGCUAAAAUUAUGAUGGCAUUCGUUGAGGGCAAGCCGGAAUUUAACUACGUGGGCAACAUGCACCGCAAGGAGGUGGUGGGCCGCGAGUUACUCACACUGAUCAAUGCCGCCUACAUCCACAUCCUGCCUUCCGUGAACCCCAACGGAUUCGGCCUCCUGUUCAAGCGACUACUUUGCGUACAGGACCGCGUCAGGACGGACAACCGCAUCCCUUCAACCUUUUUUUACGACCAAUUUGCCAGCGACAACGCCCGCCAGCAGCCAAAGACGGCCGUCAUCAUGUCCUGGACCGCUGCUCCUUCAUUCUCUUCCACGGGCUCGCCGCCGGUCAGCUACUCCUGCGGCGACCUCCAGCAGAACCCCACCGGCGGCUCCUCCGUCUACAGCCAGAGUCCCGGCGACGCCAUCUUCAAGCAGGUGGCGGAGGUGAAUUCCCAGGGAUACCAGGCCAUGUUUUUGUAUCCCGCCGUCGAGCACCCGGCCUCCUUCUGGGAGGUCAGCAAGCGUCCAUUAACCUGCCUCCAUGAUCGAGGUGCACAAGGGCCCCAUGAGGGCAGGCGGUCGUUGGAGGGCGUGACGAUCCAGGCGGAGGAUGUUAAUCACGUGGUGACGUCGGUGAAGGACGGGAAAUUGGUGACCAUGCUGGCAAAAACACCGUCCGCCGUGGUCAUCUUCAUGCUGAAGAGUAGUGGAAGCGUUAGAACGAGUACCGCCGGACCGGUGGACGAUGUGCAGUUCGAGAUGGAGGUGGUGCUAUAA